AUGUUCCACAAGACUUCAACCAAGGACUACUCAUACCCAACCAACCAAGAUUGGGAUAUGAAGGAAAUGCUCCAACAACUCCUACAAGGGCAAGCCAAAGGUUCUGUGGAAAUGAACAACAAGCUGGUUGAGAUACACUCUAAACUAGAGUCAUUGACUUCAAGAGUCCAAAUCAUUGAGUCUUCAAGUGCAUCAUCCUCUUCACCACAAGAAACUCGAUCGAGCUGGAAAACUGAGACACUGCAAGACAAACCAGAGCUCGAUCGAGCUCAGAAGAGAACAGACAAAGCAAACUCCAGCCAACCAGCUAAACCUGUUGCAAAGAAGAAAGACACUCCAGCAGGACCACCACCAUACAAACCCCCUCUGCCCUUUCCAGGAAGGUUCAAGAAACAACUGUUGGAAGCACACAAGGCCAAGUUUGAUGAACUAAUGAGACAGCUUGAGCUGAAGUUGCCCUUCAUCGACGCCUUGAUGCUCAUUCCACCUUAUCAGAAAUUUCUGAAGGAUGCUGUUCAGCAAAGAACCAGGGAAGCACAAGGGAUGGUAGUGUUGACUCGCGAGUGCAGUGCAAUCAUUCAGCGGAAGGUCAUCUCCGACAAAAAGGAAGAUCCGGGGAGUUUCACUUUGCCCUGCAUGUUGGGACCCCUAUCUUUCAAAAACAGCCUCUGCGAUCUAGGAUCAUCUGUCAGCCUCAUGCCUUUGUCUGUAGCAAAGAGACUGGGAUAUCACAAGUACCAAGCCUGCGGAAUCUCACUAGUCUUGGCAGAUAGAUCGAUAAGGUUACCAACUGGAAUGCUUGAAGACCUGCCUUUGAGGAUAGGGAAUGUAGAAAUCCCCACCGACUUCAUUGUGCUUGGAUGGAUGAGGAACCAACAGAUCCAUUGA